UGCCGUGAAGUAUUUGGCCGGUUUUUAAACGAAACUCGUGAUUGGAAUAUGGAUAGUCAACGUUAUACUAGUCGAUUCUAUUUAACCCAUCAAUUUGUAGAGCAAGCAUUUGAUGCUUUAGCAGCAAAACGUUAUAAACUCGUUUCAAGUAAUUGUUCCGGUCCAAGUCUUUCUCACGCCAAAAAUGUAGUAGAGGAUGAACCAAGUUUUGCUCAUUAUAGACAACAUGUUUUUACUCGUUAUAUGUGA